UGCAACUCGAUUCUCUCGACCACCAUCCCGACCCCCCGAGACCGCUCUCGUUUGCUUCGCGUCCCUUUCCGUGAGGCCGUGAAAGUCCUGGCGAAUUCCCCCGCGCCCAGCCUGAAGCUUCCCUUGAGUGCAGACCACCAACUAUGGUGGGACACCCACGAAUUUCUUUCUUGUGGCGGUGACAUUCGGGUCUCUGUGAGGAAUAAGAACCGCGUAAAGCUUGUCUCGACCACACUGUCGUGAAGUCUAAAGACGGUGUUCCGGUUCGACUCCCGCAUUCGCCAAGAUGUACAAACUCAUGCCUAUGCCGGGUCUUGAACCCAAACUUCAGGUCAGAGAUGAUACGCCCAUGCGCAUUGGCGCCCUCGAGUUCGGUAUCAUGUCCCCGGAAGACAUCGAACUGCAGGCCGAGACGUUGGAAAUUUCAGAUCGCAAUCUGUAUGAUCUUUCCCCGCCUGGUCCGACGCAGUUCGGCCCGCUGGACAAGCGACUAGGACCCCAGAAGGGUGAAUUUUGCGAAGUGUGUCGUGAAGAGCAAAAGAGUUGCAAUGGCCACUGGGGCUACAUUGCGCUCGAGCUGCCGUGCUUCCAUGUCGGCUUCCUCGGCUUCACUCUCGAGAUCUUGAACUCGAUCUGCAAGUCUUGCUCUCGUAUACUGCUUCCCGAGGAUCGUCGGCGACAUUACAUGUCAAGUGUUCACCGCUACAAGACCGACACUUUCCUACGGAAAGGCACUAUCAAAGCGAUUCGCGCCGAAUGCUCGAAAAUUAAGAUUUGCACUCGUUGCGGAGCCUCAAAUGGCCCGGUGCGUAAGGUAGCCGGCCACACGUGCAAGAUUAUCCAUUUGCACUUCGACGCGUUUGAGAAGUCAACAGCGAAGAAGAAGGUGCCACCUCGAGAUAAGGUCAUCUUGGACUUGCGCACGCAGGCUUGGAAGAGGGGCCAAGAAGGAUCGGAGCGCUUGCUAUCAAAGCUUAUGGACGAUAUGCCCGCGUAUAAGGUGCAUCGUAUUUUCUCAAGAAUUCCCGACAUAGACUGCGAGCUUCUUGGGAUCGACUCCUCAAGAGGUCGGCCCGAGUCGUACCUCUGGACUUAUCUACCUGUUCCUCCGACCAACAUUCGUCCAUCUGUGCCUGGAGACCAAGGUACAACGGAAGAUGACUUAACGACCAAACUCAGUGAAAUCGUGGAGAUUAACACACGCUUGCGGGCCGCGAUUGAGACGAGUGAACGCGUCGAGAACUGGAUGGAAUUGUAUGAGAAGCUACAGGACUAUAUCGCAAUGUAUAUCAACAGCAAUGCGCCCGGUCUUAAUAAAACAGAAUAUGGCAAAGCAAUUCGUAGCUUCUGCUCUCGGUUGAAGGGUAAGCAAGGUCGCUUCCGUGGUAACUUGUCCGGAAAGCGUGUCAACUUUUCUGGAAGAACGGUCAUCGGUCCAGAUCCGAACUUGUCGGUCGAACAGGUCGGUGUACCACAGCACAUCGCGAAAAUCCUCACCUAUCCUGAAAAGGUCACACCACACAACCUUCAGCGGCUUCGUGAAGCUGUCAUGAACGGACCUGACAAGUGGCCUGGCGCUAAUCAAGUUACAAAAGUCAAAGGCCACAUCAUCAAGCUAGGUAUCGUUAAGGCGUUUCGUGGCAAUGAUCGGUUGAUACAGGAGGCAAACAAGCUCGAUAUCGGUGACACGGUCGAUCGACAUCUCAUAGAUGGAGACAUUGUUCUCUUCAAUCGGCAGCCAUCACUACACAAGCUCAGUAUUUUGUCGCACUUGGUCAAAGUGCUGCCUGGCCGGACUCUGCGUCUCAAUGAGAGCGUUUGUAAUCCAUACAACGCCGACUUUGAUGGAGAUGAGAUGAACAUUCACGUUCCCCAGACCGAAGAAGCCCGAAUAGAAGCACGGGAACUUAUGGGCGUUAAACAUAACUUGGUCACACCUAAGAACGGAGCACCUAUCAUUGCGCCCAUCCAGGAUUUUAUCACUGGUGCGUAUUUGCUCAGCCUGAAGGACACGUUCUUUGACCGUGGCCAAUUCUCCCAGCUCAUGUGCCAAAUGUUUGAUGCCGACGGUUUUGACAAUCCCGAAACUGGCCGCAGGGAAAACUAUUAUAUUCCCCCUCCUGCGAUCAUGAAACCAAAGAGAUUAUGGACUGGCAAACAAUUGCUCUCGGUCCUGUUACAACCGAGCAGGCAGAGCAAGAUCAAGAUCAAUCUGGAUGGCCCCUGUAAAGGUUACAAAAAGGAUAAAGAUGCGCCAUAUCCGGGUGCGCCACGAGACUUGUUCCCUGAUGAUCAGUGGCUUGUCGUACGCAACUCGGAGAUUCUCGCGGGAAGAUUGGACAAGACCAUCAUUGGCGACGGUCGAAAAUCGACACUCUUCUACGCGCUGCUAAGAGAGUACGGAUCCGACCACGCAGUUAAAGGCAUGAACCGGCUGGCAAAGUUAUGUGCCCGCUUCUUAGGGAAACAAGGCUUCUCUAUUGGCCUUGGAGAUGUCACGCCGACUGCUGUCUUCAACGAAGCGAAACAGCAACUUGUGGACGAGGCUGUCCGCAAAGCUCAUAACAUCAUCGUUCAAUUCACUAAGGGUACAUUGGCACGCGAUCCAGGUUGUGAUGCUGAGCAAACUAUGGAGAACAAGGUAUCCCAAAUCCUCAGUAGUAUCCGUGACGAAAUUGGCAACCGCGCCUUGGAGCUUCUCAGUCCCUACAAUGCUGCGGUCAUCAUGGCCAAAUCUGGGUCAAAAGGUUCCAACGUCAACGUCUCCCAGAUGGUGGGUAUGGUGGGCCAGCAGGUUAUUGGCGGAAAGCGUGUCGUGAACGGCUUUCAGGAUCGGACGUUGCCUCACUUUCGAAAAGGCUCAAGAGAACCGGCUGCAAAAGGCUUCAUUUCAAACAGUUUCCAUUCGGGGCUACACCCUACAGAGUUCAUAUUCCACGCCAUGUCCGGUCGUGAAGGUUUGGUCGAUACUGCGGUCAAAACUGCCGAGACUGGUUACAUGUCUCGGCGAUUGAUAAAAUCUUUGGAAGAUGCACAUAUUGUCUACGAUCAGACUGUACGAGACUCGUUUGGGGGCAUCCUUGAAUUUGCUUUUGGUGAUGACAAUCUAGACCCCGCUGAACUCGAGGGUCAGGGCAAACCCGUCAACUUCGAUCGGACGUGGCUUCAAUCAGUGUCGAGCACGCACAAUCCCGACGAUGUUGGUUUGACACCUGCAGAGAUUCAGGAGCUCACCGAAAAGUUGCUCCGAGAACAAGAUAAGCAUUAUCGCGAAUUGUCGUUCGAAGAAAUGCUGGCGGGUGCUAGUGAAGCAAAUGCAGGUCCUGAAGCAUACAAUAGUUCUCGGCACUUUUUGCAGGACAUGCUCAAAUACAUCGUUAACAAGGCUCAGGGUUUGCACAAACUGUACCAACAGUACAUGGUCUAUUCAGAUGCUCGAUACGAUGGUGCUACAGCAUCUACACCAGCGGAUCAGAAGAUCUUCGAGAAGUUCGCUCAAGUGUCUGCUGGUAUUGAUCCGGCUAAAAAUCGAGCCAGCGUAGACAAAAUUUUGAAGGUCACGAAGCGAAAUCUCGAGACAUUUAUCAAGGCUUGCUUCGUGAAGUACGAGAAAGCGAAGGUGCAGCCAGGACAUGCUGUUGGGGCAAUAGCGGCGCAAUCAAUUGGUGAGCCGGGCACUCAGAUGACACUCAAAACCUUCCAUUUUGCUGGUGUUGCUGGUAUGAGCAUCACACAAGGUGUACCGCGAAUCAAGGAAAUCAUCAAUGCCGCUAAAAAGAUAUCUACGCCCAUCGUAACAGUCAGGCUAGAGAACGCAUAUUCAGCACAAGUUGCUCAGAUCGUAAAAGCGCGUAUCGAGAAGACCUAUCUGAGAGACAUUGCUGAGUAUGUUGCGGAGAACUGGACACCGACAGGUGGCUAUAUUACAAUCAAAUUCGAUCUCGAAACGAUGCAACGCUUACAACUGGACCUCAACAUGAGAGAGAUUGCUCUUGCUAUCCUGAGGCAUCGUGGCCUCAAGCUCAAACCUGAGAACAUACAACUUUAUGGCACUCGCCAUAUUCGGAUCACUCCUCCGGAGCCGGCUGUAUCUAAAGCAGACCUCGAUUACAAGCGUGUUCUUGACGAUGAAACAGGGGGUGAUGUUGUUCGUCGUGUCAGUGCUCGUCGCAAGAAGCCCACCGAUGAGUACCACAUUAUCCAAGACUUGAUGCGCAGCGUUCUCGAUGUAGUGGUCGCAGGUUAUCCUGAAGCUAAUCGUGUCGUAAUCAAGAAGAUCGAUGCCGCAGAGCGUGAGAGCAAGCGCAAGAAGAAGACCGGUAAGCCGAAGCAGGAUAAGUUCUAUCUGUAUGUGGAAGGUUAUGGUCUCAAGAAGGUCAUGAACACUGAGGGCGUGAACGGCCUCAAAACGCGAACCAACUCAGUGUUGGAAGUCUUCGAAACCCUGGGUAUUGAGGCAGCGAAGAGCGUCAUCAUCUCCGAAAUUAAGGAGGUUAUGGGGUCUAUGGAUAUCGACAAUCACCACAUCCAGCUCCUUGCCACGACCAUGACACGCUUUGGCGAAAUCACAGGGAUAACCCGCUUUGGCCUCGCCAAAACACGUGACAGUGUUUUGCAGUUGGCCAGUUUCGAGAAGACGCCUGAUCACUUGUUCGAAGCAGCGAGUGGGAUGAAAACGGAUCGCAUUCAGGGAGUUAGCGAGAAUAUCAUCAUGGGUCAACCUGUGAAGCUAGGAACAGGGCUGGCGAAUGUGGUAAUGCCGUUGAAGCUGGAUACGAACUUCGUCCAGCGACGGGAUCCUUUCCUGUCGGUUGGCCGGAGUGGUGUGAAUGUGUCACAGGGACAAGGCCAGGCUUUCCGCAUAGGAGAGCGAGUGCGCAGUGUACAUUAGAUAAGCCUAAUCUAAAAUAGAGAGAUUCUGUAGUGGCAGAAAGCUUUUUGAGUCUAUUAUAAUAAACAGACACAUUCGUCAGA